CAGUCGUUAGACUCUAUCCCGCUGUUCUUCGAAUGAAAACUACCACAAACUACCAGGAAGUGAUCAUCAGCUGAAAAUGAACUGACGACCUAAUUUAAAGGAUGUAUUUUAAGCGUAUUUCGACCUAUAAAUUUGGUAAUAGGACAUACCAUCGAGUACCGUUGAUGACGUCAUUGCGUGUAAAGAAUGUCGAAACGACGUCCCUUUUUCGUUUAACUUUAACCAACGAUGCUUCUGUAUAUAGUCAAUGCAAAAUGGUGUAGCCAUAUUAUCUGUUCACAAGAGAAAAUCAUGAUGGAAAAGGAUGUAAAGUAGUUCCAUUGUAUGGAGAGGUCAAUUUACAUUUUUAAUAUAAAAUUCAACAAGUUGACAUCUAAAAAUUGAUGAAAGUUAGCAAUAAAACUGCUUAGAUGGAAACAGUAAUGGAAGAACCCAAGAUGUCAGGGAAUGAGGUGGAACAAUUUCUACUCAACAAUACAGAAUUUAUUGUAGAACACUUGAAAAAGCAUGGGACACCAACUUUAAUCAAGAAAAUAAGUGAUAUUAAACCAAGUACACCAAGAAAAAUGCCUAUGUUUAAUACCGCUCCACGAAAUUCUAUUACAACUUCCAUGUUUAAAAGGUAUGUGGAGGGAAAUUUGACUAGAAUCAAGCAGGAAAGAAAAAAUAUGACAGAGUUAAAGAAAAUGUCAGAAGCUGAAUUGUUCACAGAAUUGAUAAAAGACAUUGCUACAGAACUGGAUGUUAAUGUUUUAUGUCAUAAAAUUUUACAAAAUGUUAAUAUUCUUACAAAAAGUGAUCGUAGUAGUUUGUUUUUAGUAAGGGGAAGUAAAGAAAAUAGACAUCUUGUUUCAAAACUUUUUGAUGUGACAGAAACCUCAACUCUACAAGAAUCACUGCAUACGGAGGAGACAGAAAUCAAAGUGCCUUUUGGUAGAGGAAUAGCUGGUUAUGUAGCACAAGCCAAAGAUACAGUCAACAUUACAGACGCUUAUGAGGAUCCCAGGUUUAAUAAUGAUAUAGAUAAAAAGACUGGAUACAGAACCAUGAGCAUUCUGUGUAUGCCAAUAUCAAAUUAUGAAGGAGAGGUUAUAGGGGUGGCACAGAUUAUAAACAAAGCUGGAAAUGGAAUAUUUACUGUUGAGGAUGAAAGGCUGUUUGAGAAAUACCUAACAUUUUGUGGUAUUGGAUUAACUAAUGCACAGUUAUUUGAAAUGUCUGUCAUGGAAUACAAGAGAAAUCAGAUGUUAUUAAAUCUAGCUAGAGGUGUUUUCACAGAACAAACCAAUCUGGAUAAAUUGAUAAAAAAGAUAAUGUUAGAUGCUCAGGGACUUCUGAAAUGUGAAAGAUGCAGUGUGUACUUAAUUGAUGAUUCACUGGAAGGGGAUAAAAACAAGUUUACAGGCAUGUUUGCAAGAAUUAUGCAGAAAUAUAAUAACAAACACCUAUCUAGGUCUACGUCACAGGAGCAUAACCACCCUGACCAUGAACACGAAGAAAAGAAAAUUACUUCAACCCAGGAUGUUGUAUUCUCUAAAGCAUUUGAUCUGUAUCCAAGAGAUGGUGGUAAUUUCCAUGUGCCAAGUGCUGCUCUUUUAAAAACCUCAAGAAAUGCAGAAAUAGCCAGACAUGUUGUAGUAGCAGCAGUUCCUUUAAAUAUAGCUGAUAUCACUCAGGAAAAUGAUUACUGUAAAGGCGCUUUUGAUGAAGACCAAAACUUUAAAACAAAGAGUGUUCUAUGUAUGCCAAUAUAUAAUAGUGAUAAAAAGAUUAUUGGUGUUACGCAGCUGAUCAACAAAAUCAACGGAAAUCCAUUCAACGAGAGUGAUGCAAAUACUAUAGAAGCUUUUUCAAUUUUUACUGGACUUGGAAUACAUAAUUGUCAGAUGUAUGAGAAUGCAUGCAAACUGAUGGCCAAACAAAGUGUAGCUUUAGAAGUCUUGUCAUAUCAUGCUACAGCACAGAAUGACGAAACAGAGAAAUUAAUGACAUGUGAUAUACCUGCUGCUGAAAACCUUGGUUUAUAUACAUAUGAGUUUAAUGAUUUGCCAAUGUCAGAAGAUGAGACACUAAAAUCUACAAUAGCCAUGUUCAGAGAUUCAAACAUAAUCAAGAAAUUCCGUAUUCCUUAUGAUGUGAUAUGUAGAUGGACCUGUAGCGUGAAGAAGAAUUAUCGACCAGUAACUUACCAUAACUGGAGACAUGCUUUUAAUGUGGCACAGACAAUGUUUACAAUUCUAUAUACUGGUGGACUGAUACCAUUGUUUGAUGACUUAGAAGUAUUUGCUCUCCUUGCUGGAUGUCUCUGUCAUGAUUUAGAUCACCGAGGGACAAACAAUGCCUUCCAAGUCAAAGUAGAAUCUCCACUAGCUAUGCUGUACAGUACUUCUGUGAUGGAACAUCAUCAUUUUGACCAUUGUAUUAUGAUAUUGAAUAGUGAGGGUAAUAAUAUUUUCCAGUCUUUGUCAUCAGAAGAGUAUAGAAAAGUUAUAAAAAUGUUAGAACAUGCCAUUCUAUCAACAGAUUUAGCAUUAUAUUUCAAAAAGAGAGGAGAUUUUAAGAAGAUUGUGGAUGAAGGAGAAAAAGAGUUCCAGGAACCAAUCAAAAAGGACCUGCUAAAAGCCAUGAUGAUGACAGUAUGUGAUGUAGCAGCCAUAACUAAACCUUGGGAGGUCCAGUACGAAGUAGCUCAUCUUGUGGCUGCUGAGUUCUUUGAACAAGGAGAUAUAGAGAAAACACAGUUAGGGGAAAAACCUAUUGCCAUGAUGGACAGAGAUAAGCAAGAUGAACUUCCAAAAAUGCAAGUUGGUUUUAUUGAUGCAAUAUGUAUUCCUGUAUAUAAAAUGUUUGCAGAAUUAAAUCCAGGGUUAGAACCAAUGUUUGUAGGUGUAAGCAACAACCGCAAUAACUGGCAAGCUUUGGCAGAAGACAAUGAACCAAAAGUAACAGAAAUAGACAAAGAAAUUGAAAAUGAAAAAGAAAAAGAUGAAAUCAAGGAAGAAAAUGAUUCUCCACAGACAAUAAAACCUCCUAGAACCAGUAAAGUGAAACCAGACCAACCAUUAACAGCAAGAAAGAGUUCAAUUAAAUCAAAGCAGAUUACACCACAAAAGAAAGUAGCUAUUAAAGAACCAAAAGGCAAAACAAAAAUAUGUACGUUAAUGUGACAAAAAAUAUGUUCAGACAUGAGCAGUGUGAUUGUUACAAUAAACUGUUUGUUUUGUAUACUAUCUGCUGAAAAAAGUGGGCACCUUCUGAUAGUUAGUGUUGAAGUUGACCUUCAAGUGACAAAGAAAACCAUAGAUACAGACUGUUCAGUUCGAUUGAGCACAACAUUUUUCUUCAAAUGAAUCACUCUAGGAUGUUUUAUUUUUAUAGUGUGAUAUAUAUUUAUUAAAUUUUUGUUUAAAUAUUGUAUGGUAGAGUUCUAAUAAAAGUCAUGCAAGACUUUUAUUUAUAUUAACAUUGUAACUUGUUGGGCCUUUGUAAGUGCAAACCAUGAUGGUACUAGUAUAUAGAAUUUGUCUUGUAAUAUAACAGUAGUUUUAACCAGAUAGAGAAGCAGCAUCAAAUGCAAUGUUUGUUGAGCAUUAUAUUGAUUCUAUUGACAAUUUGUUUAGUAUGCAUUAUUUAAAAGGUAUUGCCUUUUAUUGAUAUUUUCCUGUGAUCUUUCUGUAAAAAUUUCCAUCUCAUACUACA